UGAAUAUCGGAACGCAGCCAUAGAGAACAAUCACAUCACGUGUGUAAACAUUAGAGUAGACAAAUACGUCGAAUAUAAAUAAAAGGAAUAUUUAUUUUCUACAUUAAAAAUUAAUUUUCACAGAUACGUGGUUUUUAUAUCUGUGCACAAUGCAAAAUAAAGCCAAUGUUGAAAACACAUGUGAAAAUAUACGUAAAACCGCAUUUCCACUCAAGAACAAAUGGGAACUAGUACCAGCUUCUUUGAAGGAAAGAGGCCUAGUAAAACACCAUAUUGAUUCCUUUAAUUAUUUUAUCCGUGAAGACAUAAAAAAGAUUGUUAAGGCAAAUGAAGAAGUAUAUAGUGAUGCAGAUCCACUCUUUUAUAUAAGAUAUUUAGAUAUACAUAUAGGUGAGCCUAUAUUUGAUGAAUCACUUAAUGACAUUCGUAAACUUUAUCCUCACGAAUGUCGCUUGAGAGAUUUAACUUACGCUGCUCCUAUUAUAGUAGAUAUAGAAUAUAUAAGAGGUAACCAGCCAAUAAUAAAAAAUAACAUAGUAAUUGGACGGAUGCCAAUUAUGUUGCGUAGUGCAAAUUGUAGACUGACUGGUCUGACAGCUCAUGAAUUAUCAACCAAGGACGAAUGUCCUCAUGAUCCUGGUGGUUAUUUUAUUAUAAAAGGACAAGAGAAAGUAAUAUUAAUACAGGAGCAGAUGGUGCGGAAUAGAAUACUUCUGGAAAAAGACAAUAAAGAGAAUAUUGUUGCAUAUUGUAACAGCUCCACUCACGAGAGAAAGACUAAGACUAGUAUCAUCGGGAAAUCUGGUAGAUAUUACAUGAAGCACAAUAUCUUUCAGGACGAUAUAUUGGUGACCAUAGUUUUCAAAGCUAUGGGCAUACAUACUGAUCAGAAUAUCGUGAUGUUGAUCGGCACGGAGCACGAAUUUCAAAGUAAACUAGAAUGGAGUUUACGGGAAUGUCAUGAUCUGAAUAUCUUCACACAGAAUCAAGCAUUGAUGUAUCUCAAUAGCAAACGAACACAACCUAGAGUUUUUAAUGCAAAUGAGAUGAAAGAUGUAUUAGCAACGAAUGUGUUAUCACAUGUGCCGGUUAAGAACUUCAGUUUUAAAUUGAAGGGGAUCCACCUGGCCUUCAUGGUGAGAAAAGUGAUUAUGGCGCAAUCCAAUAAAAAGCUUCUCGAUGACAGAGAUUUUGUCGGGAACAAGCGUUUGGAAGUAGCUGGUUCCCUUCUAUCUCUAAUGUUUGAGGACCUAUUCAAACGGUUCAAUUGGGAAUUGAAGCAGAUCGCCGAUAAAAAUAUUCCGAAAAUCAAGGCGGCGCAGUUCGACAUAGUCAAGCAUAUGCGGCAAGAUCAGAUUACCAAUGGGCUGCUUUUUGCCAUAUCAACUGGCAACUGGAAGAUCAAACGUUUCAAAAUGGAAAGACAAGGUGCAACACAAGUGUUAUCGCGCUUGUCUUAUAUUUCAGCACUUGGUAUGAUGACACGAGUUCAUUCUCAGUUCGAGAAGACCAGGCAGGUGUCAGGGCCACGUUCAUUGCAUCUUUCGCAGUGGGGGAUGCUAUGUCCAUGCGAUACGCCCGAGGGAGAAUCCUGUGGCUUGGUGAAGAAUCUCGCUCUCAUGGCUCAUAUCACAACAGACGAACCAGAGGAUCAUAUUGCAUGGCUAUUAUCCACCCUCGAUAUGCAGGAAAUACAAUCGCUCGGUAGCCAAGAGAUAAACCAUAAGGAUGAGUGGCUAGUUCUCCUGAAUGGUGUCAUUCAAGGCGUCACGAGUCAUUACAAGAAAUUGGUGCACACUCUAAAAACAUUACGUAGACGAGGUUACAUCAGUAGUUUUGUGUCUAUAUAUAUGCAGGAUAAUCAUAGAUGCGUUCACAUCAGCACCGACGGUGGCCGAUUAUGUAGGCCGUACUUUAUUGUAGAGAACGGUCGACUCGUUGUCACAGCGGAACAUAUGAAAUUAUUCCAGCAAAAGAUCUUAAAGUUCGAAGACUUCCUCCAGACGGGUAUGAUUGAGUACUUGGACGUGAACGAGGAGAAUGACGUUUUGAUCGCGCUUGACGAAAACGAGAUUCAAGCAGAAACCACACAUAUGGAGAUCGAGACGUUCACCAUCCUGGGAGUGUGCGCCGGUCUAAUUCCGUAUCCGCAUCAUAAUCAAAGCCCAAGGAACACUUACCAAUGUGCCAUGGGCAGGCAGGCGGCAGGUACCAUAGGAUACAACCAACGCAAACGCAUGGACACAGUGAUGUACAAUCUGGUGUAUCCUCAAGCGCCUAUAGUAAGGACGAAAACAUCUGAAAUGAUCAAAUACAAUGAGUUGCCAGCUGGCGAGAACGCGAUUGUAGCUAUUAUGUCAUAUGGCGGAUACGAUAUCGAGGAUGCGCUCGUUGUUAACAGAGCCUCCCUCGAUCGAGGGUAUGGAAGAUGUUUGAUAUAUCGAAGUACGAAAGCUGUCUUGAAGAGAUAUCCCAAUCAAACGUACGAUAGGAUCAUGGGUCCAUCGUUGGAUAGCAAUACGAACAAAGUUGCGUGGAAACACGAUAUACUGGACGCUGAUGGGAUCGCAAUGCCCGGCGAAAGAGUGGAAGACAAGAAAGUGCUAGUGAACAAAUCGGUGCCAUCACAAUCCAUCGACCGGGUGAACACUGGGAGCGAUGCUUCACCGAAGACGCAGUAUCGCGAUGCAGAGAUUUACUACAAAGGUCUGGAGCCUGCAUAUGUGGAGCAGUCUUUGUUGACUAGUAACGCUGAUGAUUCUUUUUUGAUAAAGCUAUUGUUGCGGCAAACUCGCAGACCCGAGAUCGGCGACAAACUCAGUAGUCGUCACGGGCAGAAGGGUGUCAUAGGUUCAAUCGUGAACCCGGAAGAUCUGCCAUUCAACGACCAGGGCAUAGUUCCCGAUAUAAUUAUGAACCCGCAUGGUUUUCCAUCUAGAAUGACCGUCGGCAAGUUAAUAGAGAUACUCGCGGGUAAAGUAGGCAUUCUGAAUGGCGAAUUUCACGACUCCACAGCGUUCGGUGGUUCCAAAGUGGAUGAUCUCUCUGAGCAAAUGCAGAAGCAUGGUUACAACUACUUGGGCAAAGAUUGUUUCUACAGUGGCAUCACCGGAGAACCGAUGGAAGCAUAUAUAUAUACCGGAACGGUUUAUUACCAAAGAUUAAAGCAUAUGGUGCAGGAUAAAAUACACGCUCGUGCCAAAGGGCCAAGAGUGGUAAUGACUCGACAGCCAACAGAGGGACGUUCUAAGGAUGGUGGUUUACGUUUCGGUGAAAUGGAGCGCGAUUGUCUGGUUGCUUACGGCGCUAGUAUGAUGUUGAUAGAGAGGCUAAUGUUAUCAAGUGACGGCGUCAAGGUCGACGUUUGUAACAGCUGCGGGCUGAUGGGUUACAGCGGUUGGUGCCAAAGCUGUCGCUCCAACUCCAACAUAUCCUCGGUUACGAUGCCUUACGCGUGUAAAUUGUUGCUUCACGAACUACAAUCCAUGAACAUUGUACCCCGUUUGAAAUUAAGGGACUAUCGUGAAAGAAGUCAUACCGAAAAACGAAAAUAUAGAUAUAAAUAAUAAAGUUUUAAUUUCUUUAAAUGCAACAUACAUUGUUUUCUUUAAAAUCUGUGAUACUGUACUAUAGUUUUGACAUCGUGUCUGAUAGUUUGCGUAAAUAAUGUAUAAAGUAAGUUAAUAGAA